AUGACUUGGGCAGAAUUCCAGGCUUUUAGCAAGAAGUAUUACAGUGCGGCCGUGUUGGCAACCAAAGUAGAUGAGUUCGUGACUUUGGUUCAGGGAAAUCUAUAUGUCACUGAUUAUGCACAGAAGUUCAAUAGGUUGGCAAAAUUUUCUCCUGAAGUUGUACCAACUGAAGCUCUAAGAGAGGCCUAUCGAAACAAGGGCUCCAAUGAGGGCAACAAGAGGAAAGCUAAUGAAGGGCAGAAUAGUGGCAUUGAUAAGAGACUGAGACCCCCGGCCACGAAUAACAAUAGUUACAACACUCAGAACCACCCUAACAACCGCAACUUUCGCUAUAAUGAUCGGAACCAUGGGAAUCACCAAAGCAACAAAGUAGAGCACCCCACUUGUCCUAAAUGCUCGAAAAGAUACCUGGGAGAAUUUCAAGCUGGCACCAACAAAUGUUUCAAGUGCGUUCAAGUAGGACAUCUAAGAAAGGAUUUCCCACAAUGGAAAGUGGGACAUAAUAAUAACAUCAAUCUGGUGCCAGCACAGAUUUUUGCCUUAACUCGGAAUGAAGCAGCCAACAGCAACACCAUAUUCAUAGGUCAACUCUCUAUAACUGGUAUGAUGUGUAGAGUCCUUAUUGAUUCUGGAGUGGCUCACUCCUAUGUUUCAAUGAAUAUGAUUGAUAAGUUGGGUAUGCCUUGUAAAUUGGUAGAGCAUAGUUUUAGUACAAUGUUACCGUCAGGAGACAUGAUGAUGUCAACCAGGUGGUUGCAGUCAGCACCUAUAACAAUAGAGCGCAGGGAGUGCCUGGCAGACCUUAUAGAACCAAGAUAA